AUGCCUGCCCGCUGCCUGCUCCUCAUCCUCCUGGGGCUGCUCCCAGAGCCUGCCUGCUGCCAGGAAGCGCGGGGCAAUCUCCAGCCGUGGUUGCAGGGUGUCAUCGCGGUGGUUGUGUUUCUAGUCCUGGUGGCCAUCGCUUUCGUGGUCAAUAAGUUCUGGUGUAAGGAGAAAGUGGAAAACGUUGAGAGGGUGGUAAGCGUUGAGGACAAGCUGGAUCCUGUCGUGUCCAAUGGCCACGAAGGGAAAUACAUAAGUGCUGCAGCCGACUUCAGGUCCAAAGAAAGCCAGCACGCCUAUGAGAACAACGUGGAGCCUGAGGAGAGGGUGAUCACCACUGCCAUGUAG